AUGACACAAAUCAUCUGGUUGAGCUUUCUGCUUUGUACUGUUUUGGCUGAGAAUGAAACUAUCUCUCUACUAAAUCUCGACAUCGAUGACAUUACAUGGGAUGACUGUAGCAAUGGGUACUUCUCAACUAGUUUCAACAUCCUUGAUAAUAGCAAUUUGGAGUCGAUCCUAGGUUCAAGCAUUGAUGUUCAUAAAAGAGAUCCAGAAAAUACUGGUAGAGAAUUACCAGGAUCAUCUGCUAGGAAUUUGGAGAUUAGCAUUUCAUCUGAUUUUUCGCACUUCGAUUUCACUGAUUUGUGGAAAAGUGAGCAUAGAAGCAAUGAGGAUUCGAAAAUCGAAACCGUCCCAAUUACAACAGGAAACUCUCAGUUGCAAGAAUUGCCGAGAACAGAUGGUGAGAAUAUGCAUAGCAGCAUUUCAUCCGACCCUCUACACUUCGUAGAUCUCAGUCAUUUCCGCGAAAUUAACGAUGCAAGUACUAAGGAAUUUGAAAACAUAACUGAUCUCGUUACUGCGAAAAAUUCAGAGUUAUUUGUUUUGCAAAGCGCUUCCAUUACAGAUAAGAAAAAUUAUGAGUGUCCCCAUGUCGGAUGUACUAUGAAAACAAAGAAUUACAAUGAAUACAUAGCUCACAAGAAAACACACCCCAAACCUUUUAUUUAUGAAUGCAGAAUGCCCGGUUGUGGGCGAACAUUCAAUCAUCCAUCAUCAUUCUACAACCAUCAGGAAGCACAUGGGCCUAAACUUCAGUGCGGGAACUGUGGCAAAAUUUUCAACUCAAAAAAUAAUUUGAGAGUGCCCGGUUGUGGGCGAACAUUCACUCAUCCAUCAUCAUUCUCCAUUCAUCAGGAAACACACAAAAUUAAUGUUCAGUGCGAAAAUUGUGGCAAAAUUUUCAUCUAUAGGAAUAAUCUAAGCGCUCAUAGGAAGCAUUGUACGAAAGCUCCACCUAGAGCUCAUUUAGCUUAUCAGAAGCUUCAUGGACAAGUACCAUCAGAAUUGAAUUCGAAUGCUUGGUUCCGAAAUAUUUAA